UAUCCUAAAUUAUAUGUGGCGCCUACGUUUAAGGGUAAGUUUGCCUUCUUCCUACACAAUAAUUUGAUGCGAAAAAACAAAUUAUUCUUCUAAUUAAGACAACCAUCCAUCACAAAACUCUCUCUUUUAUGGAGGAACAAAAGCAGCCUCUUCUCACCCCAGCAAAUGAGUCCCAAAACACUUCCAUCUCCACUCCAGACUCUGAAGACAUUCCUCCAAUCAAUGGUUUCCAUGAUUUCUCCAAACAAUUCUAUGCAGAGUUCAAGAAACUAUGGUACCUGGCAGGCCCUGCCACCUUCACUUCUCUGUGUCAAUAUUCUCUUGGUGCUAUCACUCAAGUCUUCGCCGGACAUGUCAGUACAAUUGCCUUGGCUGCUGUCUCUGUCGAAAACUCGGCCAUCGCCGGAUUCUCUUUUGGCCUCAUGCUUGGAAUGGGGAGUGCAUUGGAAACCCUUUGCGGGCAAGCAUUCGGUGCAGGACAGGUUGAUAUGCUAGGAAUUUAUAUGCAGAGAUCGUGGGUGAUUCUAAACACUACAGCUUUAAUACUUUGUUUCCUAUACAUAUUUGCUGGGCCUUUUUUGAAUCUGAUUGGUCAAACAGAAGCAAUAUCAAAAGCAGCAGGAACAUUUACACUAUGGAUGAUACCUCAGUUAUUUGCUUAUGCAAUGAAUUUUCCACUUGCAAAAUUCUUACAAGCUCAAAGCAAGAUGAUGGCUAUGGCUUUAAUAUCAGUUGCAGCCUUGGCUUUGCAUACCCUUUUUAGCUGGUUAUUGAUGUUGAAGAUGGGAUGGGGUCUAGUGGGUGCAGCUUUGGUGCUAAACUCAUCUUGGUGGCUUAUAGUGGUGGCCCAGUUUUUGUAUAUUUUGGGUGGUACUUGUGGAAGAACUUGGACUGGAUUUUCAUGGAAAGCUUUCCAGAACUUGUGGGCAUUUGUCAGAUUGUCACUAGCAUCUGCUGUAAUGCUCUGCUUGGAGGUUUGGUACUAUAUGGCAUUAAUAGUUUUUGCAGGAUAUCUAAAGAAUGCAGAAGUCUCUGUAGGUGCCUUUUCUGUAAGCAUUAACAUUCUGGGGUGGACAGUCAUGUUAUCUCUUGGAAUCAAUGCAGCCAUAAGCGUUCGAGUGUCGAAUGAACUAGGGGCAGGGCAUCCAAGAAGCGCAAGGUUUUCUUUAGUUGUAGCUGUAGUGUCUUCUUUCCUUAUUGGGGUCUUCGUCUCGAUGGCUUUAAUCAUAUCGAGAAACAAGUACCCAGAAUUAUUUUCCAGUGACAAUGAAGUUAAGAGCCUUGUUAAAGAUCUGACGCCUUUGCUUUCUCUCUCUAUAAUCAUUAAUAACGUUCAACCUGUUCUCUCUGGGGUAGCCAUUGGAGCUGGAUGGCAAGCUGCUGUUGCUUAUGUAAACGUUGGGUGUUACUAUCUAUUUGGAAUCCCACUGGGCCUUGUUCUGGUUUAUAAAGGAGAUAUGGGUAUCCGGGGAAUUUGGUAUGGUAUGCUGUCAGGAACAGUCCUACAGACUUGUAUUCUUUUCUGGAUGGUUGGUAAAACAAACUGGAAUAAAGAGGCCGCAAUCGCUGAAGAGAGGAUAAGGAAAUGGGGAGGGCAGACAAACUUCAAAGAGAUCGAUGCUGAACAUUAGCAGAAGAUGAGACCAGGAAGUGCAAAUGACCGAGUCACAUUUCCCCAUUGUAUGACUAGUGAUGAUUUUUCAUUUGAGCAUAGAAAUAAUAAAUGAUUUUUCCCAAAAGAUUAUAGGUUACUAUCCAUGUAUAAUUUCACCUUUUCAAUCAAUGUCAUCUUCUUCAGAUCAAAACAA